GGUCCUGCCUGGCCCUGCAUUUGGAAGGUUGGUCUUGUGAAAAAAAAAAUCCCUGACAUCUGAGGAGCUCCCGGGAUUUAGCAAGCAUGCCUAGUGGUCGCAGCCUGCUCUGAGGAAACGGGGUGUACAUUCGAGUCAUACCAAGCAAAGCCUGCGUGUCAGUGCAGUCGACUUUACAGCUGGCUGUAAGGUUAGGAAGAACUGGCGAUACCUUUUUUUUUGUCUGAACAUUUAUACAAUCUUUACAAGUAUUAUAAAAACUCAAUUUUGAAUUUUGUCGGGAACUAUUUUAAAGCGUUUUUACCUUGAUUCGAUGCUAUUAUUUUUGCGCGUGGAAAACUUGAGCUGAAGGCUGGGCCUUUUUAGCUGCUCUGUGUCGACCGACUCGUCCACGUAAAUUUAAACUGACUGCAUCGUUUUCCCCUCUCGACUCGGUUGGAAGCAAAAAAAGCUGGUCUUUUUUGCUAAACUGUUAAAUGCUUGUUUCAAAAAUGGAUCUGUUGAACUAUCAGUACCUGGACAAAAUGAACAACAACAUCGGCAUACUCUGCUAUGAAGGCGAAGCAGCGCUGCGAGGUGACCCCAGGAUGCACCAGUCCAUGUCCCUGUCAUCAUCUGGCGGCACCAACCAUAGUCACCGGACAGGUCCUCCUCCCAUCAGCCCCGGCAAGAGGAAGCACAGUCUCAGCCACAGCACAGGACAGGACCAACAGGACAAUGAUGACCAAGACUGUGACAACCAACACGUGGCCAAGAUGAGCCGGCUGUUUGCUGCACAGCUAGGCAAGCCUUCCAACGGAAACUAUCGUAGUUCCAAGGACCCAAGGGACCGAAGCCGCAGCCCCAUAGAGAGAGCCGCCGCCCCCUCCAUGGGUCUCCAUGGCAACCACCACCUGUACGCCCCCCACCACCACAUGCCCAGCCUGGCCAUGGACCAGCCUCUCGCCCUGACUAAAAACAACAUGGACGCCGCCCGCACCCUCGCCAUCUCGCCCACCGUCAGUCCUGUGGAACGCCAGCAGAAUCGUCCGUCGGUGAUAACGUGCGCUCCGGCCAACAACCGGAACUGUAAGCUGUCUCACAACGGCUGUUCCAACAACCGGAACCUGUCUCACAACGGCUGUUCCAACAACCUGCCCAACAACUACAGCAGGAGACCAGCCAGCAACUCCAAUACGGUGUGUGUUGACCCGGUGAUCGAGGAGCAUUUCCGCCGCAGCCUGGGGAGGAACUACAAACAGCCGGAUCCCGUCACUAACUCUGUGUCCAUCACCGGCUCUGUGGACGACCACUUCACCAAGGCCUUAGGAGAGACCUGGCUGCAGAUCAAAGCCAAAGGAAGCUCCUCCUCCUCCCCUGACUCGUCUCCCAACAGUCACAUGGUCAACCACAGCCACUCCCCCUCGGUUGUGUCCUGAAGGGAGGGAGUAGAGUAGGCCAAUCAGAGCCAGAUAUACCCCGCCCUGUUCACUGUAACCCACCACAGGGCUGGUUGAACCGCUACUGGGAGGGUGUUUUUGGGGUUUUGCUCCAGCCCUGCACUAACGCCAUCUAACACACCUGGAGCAAGAUCCCAGAGGAGUAACAGAUUUUAGAUCAGGGUCGUAUUCACUUAGUUUUCUGUUGUUAUUUAGCUAUAAUGUGCACAAAUGCAUACGACCCAGGUGUGCUUUAUAACAGGGCUGGAGCAAAACCCUGCAUGCUCCAGUUUCUCUCUAGACGGGAAGAGGGGUUGGCCUCGGUCCCUGGUAUAAUACUACCCUGAAUGAUUUUGGCCCCACAGAGAGCUGUGUUAGUAGCUAGCUAUAUAGCCAUGUACAUAACCAUAGAGGAUAGAGGGGGGGGUUUCCUUUUUGUCAUUUAGUUGGAUUGUGUUAUUUUGUAGCUUUGCGUUAUUGGAUGCCCAAAAAACGUUGACAAGAAAAGCUAAACGUGAGGAAAGUGUUUGUUUCUAUGGAUUCUAUAUGGAGAAGCAGCCACCAACCACAUGCCUUCGUUACCAAAGAGAACUCGCAUGCAAAUCUGUCGCCCCAUUUUUUUAAAAAGAAAGAAAAGGACAUUAUUUUUAUUUCACCCAUCCGAUUUAUUUGCCUUUCCAUCUCUCUAGCACCCCACUGUAAAGUAUCGUCUCCCAUCAUCUACCCUUCUCCCCUCUCCUCUCCUCCUAUCUCCUCUCUUCUCCUACCGGCGCUUCUCUCUAGCACCCCACUGUAAAGUAUCGUCUCCCAUCAUCUACCCUUCUCCCCUCUCCUCUCCUCCUAUCUCCUCUCUUCUCCUACCGGCGCUUCUCUCUAGCACCCCACUGUAAAGUAUCGUCUCCCAUCAUCUACCCUUCUCCCCUCUCCUCUCCUCCCAUCUCCUCUUCUCUCCCCUCUCCUCUCCUCCUAUCUCCUCUCUCCUCUACCCUCUUAUCCCCUCUCCCCUCUCCUCUCCUCUCUCCUCUACCCUCUUCUCCCAUCUCCUCUCCUCUACCCUCAUCUCUCCUCUAACCUCCUCUCCUCUACCCUCAUCUCACCUCUAACCUCCUCUCCUCCUCUAACCUCCUCUCCUCUACCCUCUUCUCUCCUCUACCCUCUUCUCUCCUCUACCCUCUUCUCUCCUCUACCCUCUUCUCACCUCUAACCUCCUCUCCUCCUCUACCCUCAUCUCUCCUCUACCCUCCUCUCCCCCAUUUUCUCCUAUUUGUCCAGUUGUCCUGUACGUCAGUUGUAUGCGUAUUUGAAAAGACAAGGCCGACUGAUUUGCACUAAUGUUGAGGGACCCGAUGUUGCAUAUCAACCUCCCGAUGGACACGCUACACGCUACACGCUACACGCUACAUGCUGAUAACAUACUCUAGAACAAUACUUUUAGAAGUUUAGAGAUUCGCUUUUGUGAUGUUGCAUCAUGUGGUCAAAACAGCCUUUUCUUUCUGGGACGGAGAUGAGAGCAAGAGAUGUAUUUUUCUUUAUUCUAACACUUGCUAUUGUUGGUGUGUUGUCCUUUUUAAAAUGUUCUAUUCCUCCUGAGGCAUUGUUGAAUUUCCUCUGGUUUAGAAUAGAGAGCUCCUCUCUCUCUGCAGCAGUGUGGUUGGUUGGUAGAUUUGGGCUCUAUGGUUUAUUAUAGAGAGCUCCUCUCUCCAGCAGUGUGGUUGGUAGGUAGAUUUGAGCUCUAUGGUUUAUUAUAGAGAGCUCCUCUCUCCAGCAGUGUGGUUGGUAGGUAGAUUUGGGCUCUAUGGUUUAUAAUAGAGAGCUCCUCUCUCUCUCCAGCAGUGUGGUUGGUAGGUAGAUUUGAGCUCUAUGGUUUAUAAUAGAGAGCUCCUCUCUCCAGCAGUGUGGUUGGUAGGUAGAUUUGAGCUCUAUGAUUUAUUAUAGAGAGCUCCUCUCUCCAGCAGUGUGGUUGGUAGGUAGAUUUGGGCUCUAUGGUUUAUAAUAGAGAGCUCCUCUCUCUCUCCAGCAGUGUGGUUGGUAGGUAGAUUUGAGCUCUAUGGUUUAUAAUAGAGAGCUCCUCUCUCCAGCAGUGUGGUUGGUAGGUAGAUUUGAGCUCUAUGGUUUAUUAUAGAGAGCUCCUCUCUCCAGCAGUGUGGUUGGUAGGUAGGUUUGGGCUCUAUGGUUUAUUAUAGAGAGCUCCUCUCUCCAGCAGUGUGGUUGGUAGGUAGAUUUGAGCUCUAUGGUUUAUUAUAGAGAGCUCCUUUCUCCAGCAGUGUGGUUCGUAGGUAGAUCUGAGCUCUAUGGUUUAUCAUAGAGAGCUCCUCUCUCCAGCAGUGUGGUUGGUGGGUAGAUUUGAGCUCUAUGGUUUAUAAUAGAGAGCUCCUCUCUCCAGCAGUGUAGUUGGUAGGUAGAUUUGAGCUCUAUGGUUUAUAAUAGAGAGCUCCUCUCUCUCUCCAGCAGUGUGGUUGGUAGGUAGAUUUGAGCUAUAUGGUUUAUAAUUGAGAGCUCCUCUCUCCAGCAGUGUGGUUGGUAGGUAGAUUUGAGCUCUAUGGUUUAUUAUAGAGAGCUCCUCUCUCCAGCAGUGUGGUUGGUAGGUAGGUUUGGGCUCUAUGGUUUAUUAUAGAGAGCUCCUCUCUCCAGCAGUGUGGUUGGUAGGUAGAUUUGAGCUCUAUGGUUUAUUAUAGAGAGCUCCUUUCUCCAGCAGUGUGGUUGGUAGGUAGAUCUGAGCUCUAUGGUUUAUCAUAGAGAGCUCCUCUCUCCAGCAGUGUGGUUGGUGGGUAGAUUUGAGCUCUAUGGUUUAUAAUAGAGAGCUCCUCUCUCCAGCAGUGUGGUUGGUAGGUAGAUUUUAGCUCUAUGGUUUAUUAUAGAGAGCUCCUCUCUCCAGCAGUGUGGUUGGUAGGUAGAUUUGAGCUCUAUGGUUUAUAAUAGAGAGCUCCUCUCUCCAGCAGUGUGGUUGGUUGGUAGAUUUGAACUCUAUGGUUUAUAAUAGAGAGCUCCUCUCUCCAGCAGUGUGGUUGGUUGGUAGAUUUGAGCUCUAUGGUUUAUUAUAGAGAGCUCCUCUCUCCAGCAGUGUGGUUGGUAGGUAGAUUUGGGCUCUAUGGUUUUUAAUGAGAGCUCCUCUCUCCAGCAGUGUGGUUGGUAGGUAGAUUUGGGCUCUAUGGUUUAUUAUAGAGAGCUCCUCUCUCCAGUAGUGUGGUUGGUAGGUAGAUUUGAGCUCUAUGGUUUAUAAUAGAGAGCUCCUCUCUCCAGCAGUGUGGUUGGUAGGUAGAUUUGAGCUCUAUGGUUUAUAAUAGAGAGCUCCUCUCUCCAGCAGUGUGGUUGGUUGGUAGAUUUGAGCUCUAUGGGUUGAAAGUUAGAACAAAUAACCGUACAGAAUAAGACAUGUUUGUUUUUAAAUAGCUGGUAUCUAUUCAUGUUAAUUAGACAUUUCAAUCUCAAUACUAGACUUUCUUCUCGAUGUAUUUGUGUUCAGUAAUAGUCGUAGAUUACACUUACUGCUGGUACAGUUGUACUCCAUGUUAUUAUUUAGGUAUCUUCAGUGAUAUUCUCUCUGGGAGCAGCCAGCUAGCGACAAAGUCACAGCGAGGACAGCCUCCUAUACUGCUCUAUCUGAUCAGUUGGAGUAUAAUCUACAACGUUGACAUGACGUCUCUACAACGUUGACAUGACGUCUCUACAACGUUGACGCGACGUCUCGACAACGUUGACGCGACGUCUCGACAACGUUGACGCGACGUUUCGACAACGUUGACGCGACGUUUCUAUAACGUUAUUAAUCAUCCCUGGUUCAGGAUGAGACAGCGUUUUUUUUUCUUCUCAUGACUGAAUAAGAGAAAGGAAUAAAACAACCGGCCAGAGAGAUGGACCCAGACUCAACCACACGCUGAUCAUGAUUCUGUUGAGCCGGUUGCUUUUUAUUUCGUAUUUUCGAUGUUUCUUCUUCUCUGAUGAACAACUAUGUUGUGUAGCGGUAGGUAGCCUGCUGCGGCUUGUGAAACUGACUCGUUUGAAUAGCUCCUUUACCAACCUGUAUCCAGGCAGCAUACAUUCCUUCCUGUAGGAAACAUCUAGUACAGGUGUUUUAGUCUUCUCAGUAUAGCUACUAACUUAUUAACGGAAAGGUGUUGAUUAGAGUUUUCGAAAAUUCAGAAAUGUUUCCAAAAUUCCUAGAUUUCCCGGAAAUUCCGGUUGGAAGAUUCUGGAAAAAUCCAGGGAUCCUCCAACCGACUAAAAUUUCUGGGAAAGAAGUUACCGGAAAUGUACAACCCUAGUGGCGAUUGAUAACUAUGAGGUGCUAGAACAUGGUAAAGAUCUAAGGGUUUAUGAGGCACUGUCCAUCUUAACGCUUUUAAAAACCCUUUAUACAUGUCCUUUACAUUCCGUCAUCACAACUCAUAUCCUUGGACAUUUAACAUAUUUACAUUGACUAAGCUACACUUCCUAGAUGCUACCCUAUUCCCUAGGCAGUGCCCUACGUUUGGCCGGCCCUUCAUCUCCUCAGAGGAAGACGAGCAGAAACGAGAGCAAGGCCAGGAGGGCUACAUGGGAACGGACUCUUUUGAUAAUAUUCUCUUUUGGUGCUUUUCUCAAACUUGUCUGUCCAAAAGGUAGUGCACUAUGUAGGGAAUAGGCAGCCAUUUGGGAAGGAGCCGAAAACAUAUUUUUCUUGAGAGCCGGGAUCCAGCUGCCAGUCAGUUGUUAUUGUUAUUAUUAUUAUUAUUGACUUUAAUGUUUAAUGAGUUUAGAUGUAAAAGAAACUCUUCUAAUCUAUAGUAGUUCAUAACAGAUGAAUGAUUGGUCUGUACUUUCUGUAAAUGUUAUAUGAGAACGUUUUAUUUAGGCCAUCGUGGUGAAAUGAACUGUCAUUUUUUAGUGCAUGAACACAGAGGGAAGGGGACACUAGUGUCCCUGAAGUCAUUUAUCCUAAAACACAUUUCAUUACCGUCACUAGGUAGUAGUAGGGUUGCUAAUUUUCCAAUACCUUUUCCCAAAAGUCCCAGGUUUUAUAGAUUCACAGUAUCAGGAGGGGGAAAGCAGAAAAUGUGGGAAUCCU